AUGGACGCUCCCAACAAUACUUCUCAAUCUCAGGACCCCCAAGUCGAUGUCCCCAAGGAGAACAGCCCUCCUCCAGCCUACACACCACGAAGAGUUCCCGCCGCUGAUUUCACUGCCAUGAUGGCCAGAAUUAUUCAAGAGAGGCGGGAUGCUCUCCCUAACAUGGGUGGAAGUAUCCCACACCCUCAGCCCCAACAAACCACCUGCACUUCCCUGCUUUCUGAUACUGUGGAUGAUGACCAAGAUGAGACAUCUGAGGGAAGCUCACCCAUCAGCCUCAAAAUCGACACAUCUGUCAAUGUUUCACGAAACAACAACAUCGUGUGCCUCACAGCCACUCCUGCAGAACAGGCCAACGCUAUCGCCAAGGCCGUCGUGCAAGCUUUACACGAGGGAAGCUCUGGCCGUUGCGGCAUUCCAAUGAUUGACGAGUCUGGCUGCCCUCGGCCCUUGAGUAUCCAGGUCGAUGCGGGCCUGAAUGUUGAGGGAACAGGUAAUGUCAUUGGAGGCCGAGAUGUCAUUGGAGGUCUCAUCCAGAAACGUGCUGGACCUUCACUUCGACUUAACCUGGAUGAUGAGGAAGACUUGGCCCCUACUAAAAGACGGCGAACAAGUCAUUGA